UUUUAUAUCAGAUUCUGUUGUUCCAAACAGUAUAGCUUUUUACAAUGAUUUCACUUAAUACACGACAUCUAUUGAUCAUUGUAUCUGUCCUGCUGAUUGGAAAUAGAGCUGUACAUUGCAGCGACAACUGUGCACUUUAUAAUUCACUCAAUUGGGAUAAUUACGAUAGUAACUUCAACGAAAUAAGUGGUUUUUACUCUGUAACAAAAAGUAACCAUCUGGAUGUAUUCGGUGUUUGUGAAGUUCAUGGACUCACUCAACAGCCGAAUGGUGACAUUGAAGAUCGCUUCGUUAAAUACGGAUCUGCAUGCUCAUCGGUAUACAAAAAUCGUAUUACCAAAACAUCGGCCGCAUUUCAAUUCGCAUUUUUCAAUGACGAUGCAAACUGCAUGCCUGCUGCACAGUACAGAGCAACUGACAAUAUGAAGAUGAAAGUUGCAGCGGGCGGUUCAUGUUUCUUCAAAUCAUUCUGUUUACCCGAUGGUACAUCCGUCGUCAAUCUAUUGUGUAAAAAGUUAAGCGCGUUGGAGUUGGUGGCCGUAUUAUUGUCGUCGGUAAUACAGUUAGUGUUAAAUUUACUCACUAGUACAGGCAAUGCAUUAUCUGAUGUUCCCACAAGUUGUUACAAUGAAAUUAUUGGCGACCCAAGCUCACGUGCACUAUUGUUACCUUAAUUGAUUCAUUUUAAUAAAAAAAAUUGUCACAGUAAGGCAGAUAAAUACAGAAUUU